AUGUUGCAGAUGGCAAUUGUGCCCGCAAAGCGUGACAUCUUUCAUACAAUAGCAUACUAUUUCUUCAGAGUAUUUGGACCAACUAUGCUGACUGCUGGAAUUGUUGGAAUUGCAGCUAUGAAUUGGAUCUUUCUAAUUUUUCCAAUGUCAAGAGAAUCUGGAAAAGUAAUAGUAAUGCUUUUAUUCAUACUCGACCUUCCACCUCUUUUCAUGUAUUUAUACUCAAUAAUAUAUGCAAUUUCAGGAGAUAAUGGAACACUUCAAGAAGCUCUCCGAAAUAAUGUACGAAAUCAUCGAAUUAAUGAAAAUUUACUCAGAUCUUUACCAGUUUGCGACAAAUGCGGUCUUCCGAAACCACCAAGAUGCCAUCAUUGCAGCUUUUGCAAUAAAUGCCACUUAAGAAUGGACCAUCAUUGUCCGGCUCUUGGAAGAUGUGUUGCAGUGAAAAAUAUGCAGCCUUUUCUUGUAAUGUUAACAUGGGGCCAAAUACUUACAACAGUUUUCCUUGUACAGUUGCUCUUUCCAUACUUCUAUUUAGGCGAAUUCGUAAUAAUUGUUUACUGCAUGGCUGGAUUACUUUUAGUUUUACUAAUCUGCUUGACCGGUCUGAAAAUGGACGUAAUGUACCGCGUGAAGACAAACACUACUGUAGUAGAAAUUCUUUCAUCAUCCAAAUAUCGCCCGUACGAUCUUUGUUAUGAAGAAAACAUGAGACAAGUUUUCGGCACAGGAAGAUUCAGGUUUUUAAUUCCUCGUAAAUCUACAAUGACUGGAUUUGAAUGGGCUGAGCCAAGAUUCCGUAAUGAUUCGAAUGCAACAGAAAAUCACGAUUAUGAAUUCAAGAAUGUUGAUGUAGCAUGA